CCCCGCCUCCUUGCCGGAGCCUAGCGAGCUAGGUUGCGCUCCGAUUGCAAAAGGUGGCCCCCUCCCCUUUCCCUUUCCCUAUUGCUGCCGCCGAUGCUGGAGCUGGAGGGAAGGCGGCGGCGGAGGCGGAGGCGGAGGAGGAGGCGCUAGGCCGGACUGGCUCCCUUCUUGCCCGGGCCCGGCGGGGAGGGGGCAUGGCUGCGUCGCCGGGGGCCCAGCACGCCGCCUGGGGGCCAGGCAUGGGGGCCCUUCGCCUGCCUCAGGAGAGAGUGGGGGGGGGAACCCUUCCCAUUUGAGCCUGGCCUCUGGCAUGUUGCGUUCUCAGCACCUUCUCCGAUAGCUUUUGCAAAUGAAAAUGGAGGAAAUGACUUUGUCGGGCCUGGAUAACAGCAAGUUGGAGGCUGUGGCUCAUGAUAUUUAUACAGAUUUGAUUGAAGAUGCUUGCCUGGGCUUGUGCUUUGAGGUGCACCGGGCCGUCAAGUGUGGCUACUUCUUUCUGGAUGACACAGACCCUGAUAGUAUGAAGGACUUUGAAAUUGUAGAUCAGCCAGGGCUGGAUAUCUUUGGCCAAGUCUAUAACCAGUGGAAGAACAAGGAAUGUGUUUGCCCAAACUGCAGUCGAAGCAUCGCCGCCUCCCGCUUCGCCCCACAUUUGGAGAAGUGCCUUGGUAUGGGCAGAAACAGCAGCCGCAUCGCCAAUCGGAGGAUAGCAAGCAGUAACAACAUGAAUAAAUCAGAGAGUGAUCAAGAAGAUAAUGAUGAUAUAAAUGAUAAUGACUGGUCAUAUGGAUCUGAGAAGAAAGCAAAGAAGAGAAAAUCAGAUAAGAAUCCCAAUUCCCCUCGAAGAUCCAAGUCCCUGAAACAUAAAAAUGGGGAGCUGAGUAGUAACCCAGACCCAUUUAAGUAUAACAACUCUGCUGGAAUAAACUAUGAAACACUUGGCCCUGAGGAGCUUCGUACUUUGCUUACCACGCAAUGUGGGGUGAUCUCUGAACACACCAAGAAGAUGUGUACACGGUCCCUGCGCUGUCCCCAGCACACAGAUGAACAGCGGAGGUCAGUCAGGGUCUACCUCCUGGGACCCUCUGCCUCACUUCCUGAGGCAGAAGGAAGCGUGGAGAACGACAGUUUUGAUAUGGCAGAAAGUCAAGCCCUCAUGAAUCGAUUGCAAUGGGACGGAUCGUCAGACAUCUCUCCCUCUGAUUCAGCCUCAUCAAAAGCAAGUACAAACAACUCAGAGUCCCGAAAAACCAAAAAGAAGAAACCGCACAUGAGCCUGGUUGGAGGUGCUCCCGGAAUCAGCUCCAGUAAGAAGAAACUGAAGCCUAAACCUCUGGCACCUCCCACUCCCAGCCUGUAUGAUGACAUCAAUUGAAUAAUAACACUGGGAUGAGAAAACUGGGAUGAAGGGGAUGUGCCUCGGCACCCUUCAGACCCAAUCCACGGGGAAGGCACUGGACGGUGUCCUCUCAUGCACGCUCUCGUGUACACCUCUUUUUUUAAAGAAAAAAAUUAACUGUGAAAGAGAGGUGGCUGCAUGUCUUCCCAUCUUCUCAAGCCUCCAGCAUACAUUGCACAGCCCUUUGCGUACACUGGAUGUGGCGCAAAAGAAUCGG